AUGCGCUCCGCCUCAAAAUCACGUUCGUUGAUCUUGCUUGUUCCUACCACCGAGUCGCUCAUCAACGCUCGCGACCGAGACUCUAACACUCUUUACGUCGACCUCGUCCACUCGGAAGAAUUCCUGGGGAGCCAUGUCUUGCGGAUACCGGUUUCGAUUUCUGCCAAAGAGGCGUUGGCUAGCGCGCGAGAAAAUAGGGGAAAAGCAAGGCAAAUAACAACUGCCAAUGGACGCACAGUCGCUAUUCGAGAAUCGACUGUGUAUAGCAACAAAGGGUUUAAGAAUUUGAAUCAAGCAACGCUCCUCUCCGAUAUCCUCUACUACUCUGCCGGUAGCGAGUCGCAGCCAUGGCUAAUAUAUUACAUCUCAAAACCUCUCCUCGGCUCUUACGACCCAAGCGGUAUUGUUCAAGCGGUUGUGCCUGGAAUCCCUACAAAUGCACUGGGACUUUCGGGCCUUUCUGGGAAACAAAACAAUGACGGCCCUGACUUUGCACGAAAAGAACUACAGUCAUUUGGGGAGCUGCUCGCAAACUUCCCUAUGAUUGCACGACAAAUGCAACCAGGACUGGAACGUCUUUUCCGUGAGUUUGGAAAGGAGCUUGGAAAACCGCUACCACCUCCUCCAUCGCGCUCCUCGUCCACAAAGUCGGAAAACGGGGCUGCCGGCUUUGACGAAACCGCAUCCACUCGGAGUAACUCCCCAUCGAAUCACAAGGCGCUCCCAUUCAACUCGUCUGAAUACUUUGAAGACGACGAGGAUUUGAUGAGACGUUCGUUAGAAACAGCGGUAACAGCAGCCAUUGACCUUUUCCGUCUAGUAGAUAGGCAACAGUUGUCUCUUCUCGGAGCCACGACCAACCUCACAGGUCCCAUGGUAGAACGGCUGAUCGAACGCUAUGUAACCGAACAGGUUCACGAGUCUCUGCUCUUCCCCCGAAUAUGUGGGUGCCACAAAACGGAAGAUGGUGAAUUAGACAUCCGGAUGCGCCAAAUGGAGAGUAUCGACGUAUCUCAGGUGGGAAUUCCUAUCGAAUGUGGCCGAAAAGGAAAAGACGAACUCAUUCGCCGUCUUGGGAGAGGUGUUGACGAGUUUCGGACAAUGGUUGAUGCUAAAUGUCCACAAGAGAUGCUCAGGAUUCUGCUCGCCACUAUCAAAGCGGUUACCUUGGAGUAUAAAUCCGAUUCACAAGGCAGAGACGUGUCUGAGAAAGAACCGUCAGUUCUAACCAUAAACGCUGAUGUUCUGGUCUCGUUGCUACUUGUGGUGAUUGUCAGAGCGCAAGUACGUCAACUCCAGGCUAGGCUUUCGUAUAUGCAGCAUUUUAUCUACAUGGAAGAUGUUGAAAGCGGCGAAUCCGGAUAUGCUAUAAGCACGUUCGAGGCAGUUUUGACGUAUAUCCGCAAAGACUCUGGCGGCCUCAGAAAAGCUAGUGCGAAGAACCGUCGACUCUGGACAGCUACCAAGUCCGGUAGAAUUGCUGAGAUGAAGGCCAUUUUGGAACCGGAAAAGGAGGAUGCUACGCCUGCAGAUAUUUUAUGCGACGGAGGGCAGGACAACUCAAGUCAGUCGUCUAUCUCCAAGGAGGACGGCGAACAGGCCACAUUGAAGGAGCCCAACAUCAACGGCAGUAUCUCUCCACACGUUACAAUGGAGCCCAUAGAUAUACCUCGCGUUCCCGAAACACCCCGUUUAGCGCAUGUUUUCCCAUUCCAGACCUGGGGGUCGAACUCCCCGCCAAAAUCCCAAACUCGUCUUCCCAAACGGGUGUCCAUGGACGUUGGAAGUGUGUCCGAAUCGUCCAACUUUUCGUUUCUUUCCCGAUCAACCACGUUUGGCUCGAUAUCAAGUUGCAUGGAGGGUGACAUAUCCCUUGGGGUCUUAACGAAGACACAAGAUCCAGCGGGGGACUCAGUACCUAUGAUGGCUGUUGAAGGUUGCCAGCCUGAAGCUUUGGGAUACCUACUAAGCUUGGAAGAAUAUUAUCCUGUGGAAAGCAUACUGGAAGAUGUCAACAGCGACGGGACUACGCUAUUGAGCGCUGCAGUGCAAUUAGCACACUCCGAAAUCGUGGAGCUUAUCUUGGGUUUCAUCUCUCAAGUUAGCGGACCUCAGGUUUUGACCGCUUACCUUGCCAAAGGAGAUAAUAGAGGAAGAACGGCGGCACAUUAUCUGUUCAGUGUCCCAACGCUGAUGUCUCGAAUCGGUUCUCUCCUGCCCUGGAGGCAAAAGGAUAAACACGGUCAAACCCCUCUCUUUGCGCUGUGUAGAUCCUACGAUCAUCCGGACUACAAUACCAUGUUGAAUGAAGCGUUAACGAUGGCUCAAGAGGCUCAGGGAGAUGGAGAGCCUUUGCGUCUAGAUGACCAUGUAGACGUGAAGGGUAAUACCCUCCUACACAUCGUCAGCGACCCUCAAGUUCUUCAUCGGAUUCUGCGCGAAUGCGACUGUGACCCUAAUGCUACUAAUGAUAAACGCUUCACACCUCUGAUGGUCGCGAGCAAGUACGGUCGUGUUGACCUGGUUAGGAUCCUUUUUGCAGACCCUCGCGUAGAUUCCAAUCUUCGCGAAUCCCGAGGGUUGACGGCGGUUGAGCUUGCAAAGGACGACGAAGUUCGCAACAGGAUAGACGAUCUUAUUCUAUUUUCCAACCCGCCCUCAUCCCCCUUCGACUCUUCUGGCCGCAUCACUGCAGUUGUUCGAUCAGUAUUUGUCGAAGAUGCCAGUAUCCGUUUCAUUAUCAAAUCUGGUGCUCCUAAUCCGCCAUCUCCCUCGGAGGAAGCGCACCCUAGAAAGAUGAUCAGUUUCACCGUAACUACUUGCCGUCGAGGUUUGGCCGAUUUUGAAAAUCUUAUCAGCUCUUUGAAGAUUGAGCAUCCUGCCUCUUAUGUUCCUGAUGUUCCGCAAUUCCGCUCGCCGUUACAGAUAUAUUCAAAGCCUUCACGCGCGGUGCUUCAUGAAAUUCAGGAGCGAUUAGACAAGCUUCUAAAAAUUCUAUUGGCGCAUCCGACCUUUUCAACCCAUGAGCUUCUCUGGGAAUUUUUCCUGAUGCCGGAGAUACAAACUGAAUCGAUAAACGAGCGCUCACAUCGAAAAGCAACGGCGCUUGCAGAGAGAAUAGCGGACGAUUACCAGCCUGUUACUGCUGAAGAUAUCCGCGAUGUCGAACAAAUCGUCGGCCAUGCCCAGGAGGCCGUGCGUGCAGUCAGUAAUAAUACCAAGAGUAUCAUCCGACGUGGACACAGACUACAUAAUACAACCACCGACUUUGCAGAAGCUAUUUCCAUGUGCGCCUACGCCAUUUCUUCUUUACAAGCACCUACAAAUGCUCUUCCUCAGUCGCACGCGAACGCUAUUCAUCGUUUCGCCGCCUGCUAUACCUCCUCAUCCCUCGACUCCUCCGCGUUGACCCAUUACCUGAGAGCCCUAACUUCUCUGCACACCGCGACGACCGCAAUGCUCGGAUCACUCUCCCGACCCGGGAUGCUCAUAUCCAAACUCAACUCCGCCACACGCUCGCUAUCUCGCUGCCACUCCACCCUCGCGUCCAACUCUCUUCCGCGGAAAUUCAAUUUUCCCGGUCUAGAAGAAUCUCGCCAACGUUCGAUCCGCGAACAAGAGCAGAAAAUCGUCGAGCUGAACGCGGAAAUUGAGCAAGUUGGGAAAGAGAUUGCGUGGAACAAGGACGUGGUUGUGGGUGAGUUGGCUGGAUGGACGGACUGGAGGGGGAGACUCGGGAAACGGGCGAUUCGGGAGUUCGCUAGAACGUCAUUGGUUCGAGAAAAGGAACGCGGAAAGAGGAUGGAAAGAUGUUUGAAGAGUCUGAGAAGCUGA